AGGUUGUUCGGAGAUUUCGUCGCACCCUUUCUGAGUAAAAGGAACGGUCAAGAGAUCUACAUUAUCCCUGAUCAGAUCAACUGUGAUAACUGAAUAUGUCACGAGCGGUCUUGCAAGUAUUUGAACAGUAUCAGAAAGCAAGAGUUACUUUUGUACAGACUGUAGCAGAUCUUUCGACACGUCCUCAAAAUGUGGAGGCAUUGCAGAAUGCUGAUGUGAUGUCUCUGCUUCGACCAUUGUUACUUGAUAAUGUGCCAAGUAUACAACAAUCUGCAGCUCUUGCUCUGGGGAGGUUAGCGAACUACAACGAUGAUCUUGCGGAGGCGGUUGUGGGAAACGGCAUUCUCCCACAGUUGGUGUAUUCCCUCUCGGAAAAGAACAGGUUUUACAAGAAAGCAGCGGCAUUUGUCCUACGAGCGGUCGCGAAGCAUUCUCCUCAGCUCGCUCAAGCAGUCGUGGAUAGCGGUGCCUUGGACGCGCUAGUCGGUUGCCUCGAAGAGUUUGACCCAUCCGUGAAGGAAGCAGCUGCUUGGGCUUUAGGCUACAUUGCACGCCAUAAUGCUGAGCUGGCUCAAACUGUGGUCGAUGCUGGUGCUGUCCCUCUUCUCGUCCUUUGCGUUCAAGAACCUGAGCUGACGCUAAAGAGGAUUUCAGCGUGUGCUUUGAGCGACAUCGCAAAGCAUUCACCGGAACUUGCUCAGUCUGUGGUAGAUGCUGGUGCAGUCGCUUAUCUGGCUCCUCUAAUCCAAAGUGUUGAUGGUAAGCUAAAGCGACAUGUCUGUGCAUGUCUGGCACAGAUUGCAAAGCAUUCGGUGGAACUUGCAGAAGUGGUUGUUGAAGCAGAGAUCUUUCCAAAGAUUCUUACGUGCUUGAAGGAUGUAGAUACACAAGUCCGAAAGAAUUCUGCAACGUGUAUUCGAGAGAUAGCCAAGCAUACACCGGAGCUGGCGCGCUUGAUUGUCAAUGCAGGAGGUGUCACUGCCAUUGUAGACUAUGUGAACGAAACUCGAGGAAAUGCCAGGCUCCCCGGCAUCAUGACUCUUGGUUACAUCUCUGCCUUCUCGGAGACACUUGCAAUGGGUGUCAUUGUGGCCAAGGGAGUUCCUCCUCUCAUGGAUGCACUCGUGAGAGAGCCUGAAGAUCACAUCAAGGCAGCAAGCGCAUGGUCCCUUGGACAGAUCGGAAGGCAUAGCCCAGACCAUGCCAAGGCGCUUGCUGUUCACAAUGUCAUCGGCAGGCUUCUUGCCGUUUACCUGAAUGAGGACAGCAGUGAAGAUUUGAAGACAAAGGCAAAGAGGGCUAUGAAGGCCGUAAUCCAGAAGUGCAUCCAUUUGGAGGCAUUGGAGCCUCUCCUGUCCGAUUCGCCCAGAAACAUCUUGAAAUACUUAGUUCAUCAGUUUGCAAAAGUGCUUCCGAAGAAUAUGGACGCAAGAAAGGCAUUUGUGACAAGUGGGGGCUUAAAAAAGAUUCAGGAAAUUCAAGCAGAGCCAGGCUCAAAAUUACGAGAAUACAUCGACCAGAUCAACGUCUGUUAUCCCGAGGAGAUUGUGAGAUACUACUCUCCCAAUUACGCCCAAGGAUUGCUCGAGAAGCUUGACAACUUUCAGCCUUGAGCAGGAAGCAACCUACUUGCAACGUGGGACGUGGUGCAGAAUGUAAAAAUAACUGAUAGAAAUGCAAGAAGUAAAUAGCCUGUUGAGACUC